AUGCCUCUGGUCACAGUCCUCACCUCUGCCUUGAUCUUCUGCUCCGUUGCAGGCCAGAGGUGCUCCACUUCCUCAGGAAUCAGGUACAUCAACUACCUCAUCAGCAAUCUGCAGAAAGAUCCGCUGUCCACAUGCAGCUGCAGUGCCAACGUGACCAGUUGCUUGUGCUUGCCUAUCCCUUCUGACAACUGCACUAUGCCAUGUUUCCAGGAGGGGCUGUCACAGAUGACCAACAUCACACAGAAAACAAAAUUCUCGUUGACUUUCAAUCAGGUGAAAAGAACAGUUGAAGUCCUAAAGAACAACAAGUGUCCAUCUUUUUCUUGUGAACAGCCUUGCAACCAAACCACAGCAGGCAACACGGUGACAUUUCUGAGGAAUCUCCUGGAACUUUUCCAGAGAGAAACGAUGAAAGGGAUGAGAGCUCGAGCAUGA